AUGACAAACUUUGUAGAUUUAGCAUUACCAGGGAUGCUGCCUGUACUAAAUGAAGAAUGCCUUGAUUUGGCUAUUAAAGCUUCUUUAGCCUUAAAAGGAAAAAUCAAUCAUUAAAUCAAAUUUGACAGAAAACACUAUUUUUACUCAGAUUUACCUUAAGGCUAUCAAAUCACAUAAAAAGAUCAUCCUAUUAUGGAAAGAGGGAAAUUAUACUAUUUUGAUAGGCUAAACUAGCAGAAAUCCUUGACUAUCUAAAGAAUUCAAAUAGAACAGGACUCUGCUAAAAGUUUUCAUGAUUUUGAUAAUUAUGCUUUGAUUGACUACAACAGAGCAGGAAUGCCAUUGCUUGAAAUAGUAACUGAGCCUGAAAUUGAUCAUCCAGAAGAUGGAAAACUAGUUGUAAAAGAAAUACAAGAGCUCUUAAAAGCGCUAGAACUUUCUGAGGCUAAUAUGGAAGAAGGAUAAAUGAGAUGUGAUGUUAAUAUUUCAGUAAGAGAUAAUGAAAGAGGCAUCUAAGGAAACAGAGUUGAGGUAAAGAAUGUGCUAGGAGCAAAGUUUGUUGAAAAAGCAAUUGAGUAUGAGCUUAUGAGGCAUGUUGAAAUGAUUGAAAAAGGAUAAAAUAUUGUGAAAGAGACUAGGAGAUACGAUUCAAUAAAUGAUAAAACAAUAAGCAUGCGCUCUAAAGAAUAAGACCCAGAUUAUAGAUUUUUCUAAGACCCUGAUCUACCAUGCAUAAUCAUAACUCCAGAUAGAAUUAGGAAUGUUGAGAAUAAAAUUAAAAAGACACCUUUUGAAAGAAAAGUGGAGUUUUAAAAAUAAUUCAACUUGGACAUUAUUGAAGUUUAAAACGUGUUCAGCUCUGAUAAACUGAUUUACAUAUUUGAGAAACUAGUAGAUUUAAAUGGUGCUAAUCGUUUGCCUAAAGAUAUUUAUAAUUGGAUUUUUGUCUUUGUUAAUGGAUAAGUAAUUAAGAAGGAUUUGAAUCUUUUUGAAAUUAUUCAAAGCAAUUGUAAAGAUGGAUAAUAUAUAGCAGAUUUGAUUGAUCUAGUUAAAACUGAAAAGUUAUAGAUUUUAAAUGCAAAAGAUAUUUUAUACAGAAUUAUUGAUGGAGAUGGAAGAAUCCCAAUAGCUAUAGCUGAGUCCCUGAAUAUGAUUAAAUCAGAUGAACUUAAUUAUAAUAAAAUUAUAGAUAAAGUACUUGAAUAGAAUAAAAUAACUGUAGAUAAAAUUAAAUAAACAGGAAAAGAUGGUUAAGUUAUGUUUUUAGUGGGAUAGACAAUGAAGGCAAUCAACAAAAAAGGAGAUCCUUAGAAAAUUUAACAGAUUAUAAGAGAAAAAUUAGGAUUAAAAUGA